CCCCGGUUGCUUUGAGGAGGCUCUAGCUGGCAGGAUCCCUGACAUUAGUGUUGCUCUCUGGCUGCCUGCUGUCUCGAGCCAUGUCUUCACAGCUGGUUGUAGCUCUGCUGGCCCUCGCCUCCCUGGGUGCUGCAUCUGAACUGGACUGUAAAGACCUGGUCAAGCCUCUGGUACUGGACAGCCACAGCCCCAUCUAUGGGAAGUGGGUGCUCCAUGUUGGGGCGUGGGACCAGCCCGGCCUGAAGAAUGACCUGGCGACGGUGAACAGCUCCUGGGUGGAUCUGUCGCCUUCCUCGGACAACGGGGUCAUGACCAUCUACUGGUCCGACCGCCUAGGUGAAGAUAGAUGCCUGCAGGGUAUCGCCAAUGCCACCAUCUCGGGGAUGACCAGUCACACCACUUUUAUUAUCAACGGUCACACUUCAUAUCAUGAUGGGAAGUACUAUGAAACCUGCGCUGACUGCCUCCUGUCUGAAGACACCACCCUCCUUCCUGACGGCAAGUCAAAGGGACGAUACCUUUUCCUCUUCACACGGACCGGCACUCUGGAGUCAUCCGAGUUAGAGACCUUCAAGAAGCAGGCUGAGUGCCUUAAAUUCUACCCAGAGUACCACUUUGGAGGAACAGAGCUGUGCCCAGAUGAGAGGGAACCUGCUACACCUGCAGCUGAAACUACGGAGAACACGGAGAAUACGGAGAAUAAUCAAACUGAUGUUGAGCCUACUGCUGCAAAGUAAAGCAGAGCACAGAGAUGUCAUGGCCCUUUGAACAGCAUGCACACCCAGACACCUCCAGCUUAACAAGUGCUUCAUAGUGUUGCUAUGUGAAAAAAAUAGAUUGUGCUGUGGUUUGAUAAGUCGUGGUCAUGUUUGUUCCAGCAGCAGCAUUAAAUUAAAGGCCUGCUGGUGUUGUGUCAUGUUAGAUCUGUGGUUAGUAAUGUGUAGUCUUAUUAUUGCUAAGCUGUUUGACUUUCCAUAAUUUAGAUUAGGAAAUGUUGACAUCUGAUUAGCUCAUGGCAUUUUCUGUCAGGUACAGUAAUGGCUGAAAAAUCCACCUAAAUGCCUCCUUUAAAUCACGUUAACACUCUGUUUCCCACUGGUUGUGUGAAGUAAAUAAAACAGCUUUCAGUCUC